AUCUAGUAAUUAGUACUUAUAUUAUAGCCUAUGGGGAAGGGAGCUUGAGUCCUUCAAAAAUUUAGUCAAUUUGUGCCUAUGCCUUUUACUUUCACGGAAUCCAAACGAAUUUUAAUACAACGAAUAAACUAUAAUUCCAUAUUAUUCAAUAUAAAAAUAAUUAUUCAGCAACCUUUAUAUUCUGGUAACUAGGUACUUAUUAUUUAAUAUUGUCUUCUAGAAUUUAUAUUAAAUCGUACUUUGAUAUGUUUGAAAAUAAUCUAGUAUGAAUUUACUUUAAACAAAACCACGGUUAUAAAACCUGAAAUACGAAAUAUAACCGUAAGUUUGUAACUAUAUGGUACUGUAUGUAAUGGACGGACGGAUGAACUGACACAACCGAUAUGAAGUGCUCUAAACUAAUGUUUAUAAACUUAAACGUCUAUUAAGUUUUUAAAGUCUGUUUAAGUAUGAGUUUAUUUUUUAUUGUGAUGAUUCAAGAAAGGUCAAACAAUAGAAUGAGCUGGUUAUUUUAGUACAACGGCUAUAUAUACUAGAUUCAAUUAAAAAUAGCACAUUAUUCGUUUAUUUUUGAUUGCAAUAAAAUUCUAGACUGAUUUUAACGAAACUGGUUUUGACAAAAUAAUUGAAUCUGUGAUUUCAGAGAUUUCAGCUAUCACAGUAUCACUACAUAUUAUUUACCUUUGAAAUACUUUGAAAAUCGAUACUCAUAAAGUUCAAUUUAUUUUUAAACCUUUCCAAAACUACAUGGACACUAAUAAUCUGAGCUUUGUUCACUGAUUGUAUCACUUACGCGGUGACUAUUAUAGUUGAUCUUAACUGUAUAUCCUAAUAAUAUCAAUAUCCUAGGACCUAGAUCCCACACAUAGCAUUGUGGUAUACAUAAAAAUAUUAUUUCAUUAAUUAAACAGCUUCCACAAGAGAAUACGCCAGGUGAUUUAAUGAACGUAGUAGUGCACAUACAUGGCGGGGCGUUCUUUGGUGGAGAAGGCAUAACCUAUGGUCCUGAAUAUCUUUUGGACAUCAACGAUUUCGUUUACGUAUCCAUAAAUUAUCGUUUGGGAGUAUUAGGAUUUGCUUCCACCGGCGAUAGUGUUUUGCCUGGAAAUAACGGAUUGAAAGACCAAGUAGCAGCAUUGAAAUGGAUACAACAAAACAUCAUUGCGUUUGGUGGUAACCCGAACAACGUCACAAUCGCCGGUAUGUCAGCUGGAGCCAGUUCUGUUC